UUUCCGCUUCCGGUCUCGGGGCAAUCGGCAUGGCGCUGGAAUUUUUAGUUUGAGUCACCGCCUUUUGUGUUCUGUUAUCGUCUAUUGUAAAUAAUGAUUUCCAUAUCAAAGUAUUACCGCCCUAGUUUAUGAUGGCGAAAGUGUUCCAAACAAAGUGACAAGGCUUCUAAGUGUGCACCCUGGUUUUUUCCUCGUGACGUUACUGGACAAAGUGUCGUCCCCACUGCGGCUCUCACGGUGUAGUUCAAAUUGAAGUACAAAACGGCUGACACCUCUGAGUCAAAAUGACGGACGGAGACGGGAACGAGAUCAGAGUAAAGACUGCGUACAAUGGAGAAAUUAUGGUGACCUACAUCGAUCCGUCGAUCACACUGGAAAAACUAUGUCAAGAAAUGAGGGACAUAUGCAAGUUCAAUGAAGCACAGCCUUUCACUAUGAAAUGGGUCGACGAAGAAGGGGACCCCUGUACAAUAUCGACACAGGAAGAGCUAGCCGAGGCAGUUCGUCUCUACGAAGUCAACAAGGAUUCCGAGAUAACGAUCCAUGUUUUCCCAAAUGUGCCCACUGCCCCAGGAAUGCCCUGCAUCGGCGAAGACAAGAGCAUCUACAGGAGGGGAGCUCGACGGUGGCGCAAGCUGUACCGCGUCAAUGGCCACAUCUUCCAGGCAAAGCGAUUCAACCGGCGUGCCUUCUGCACGUUCUGCAUGGACCGCAUCUGGGGUCUGGGCCGUCAGGGCUUCAAAUGCAUCAACUGCAAGCUCAUGGUACACAAGAAAUGCCACAAGCUGAUCAAGCUCCCCUGCUCUGGCCCUGCUAAGAACGAGCAGGACCAGUAUGCCGAGUCUUCAGCACCAAACACGCCUGCACCUACACGAUCGAGCGACACCACCAACGGAGGCGAGGCAUUCAACGGCAGUAGUCUGCACAGAGCGGGCACACCGCGGCACAAGGGUCAUCAUCGAUCUGCUACAACGUUGGACACAUCGGACACUUCUCCCACGCCCGUGGGGCAAGACGUUGAUGAUCAGACGUUAGAGACGACGGGAUCCGGAGCACCUCGUCAGUACGGACUGCACGACUUCGAGCUGAUCCGAGUGAUUGGCAGGGGUUCCUACGCCAAAGUGCUUAUGGUGGAGCUCAAGAAGACGAGCCGUAUAUACGCCAUGAAGAUCAUCAAAAAAGAACUGGUCACAGACGACGAGGACAUCGACUGGAUUCAGACGGAGAAGCACGUAUUUGAGACGGCUUCGAAUUAUCCCUUUCUCGUUGGGCUUCAUUCCUGCUUCCAGACUGAGAGCAGGCUAUUUUUUGUGAUAGAGUUUGUGCGCGGAGGCGACCUUAUGUUCCACAUGCAGCGGCAGCGCCGACUCCCCGAAGAACACGCCCGCUUCUACUCCGCAGAGAUUUCGCUGGCACUCAACUUCCUGCACGAACGAGGCAUCAUCUACCGAGACUUGAAACUGGACAACGUGCUCUUGGAUCAUGAAGGUCACAUAAAGCUCACCGACUAUGGCAUGUGCAAGGAGGGCAUUCGUCCUGGUGACACCACAAGCACAUUCUGCGGGACUCCAAACUACAUCGCUCCAGAAAUCCUCCGCGGGGAGGAUUACGAUUUCAGCGUUGAUUGGUGGGCCUUGGGUGUGCUUCUGUACGAGAUGCUCGCCGGCCAUUCUCCAUUCGACAUCCUGGGAACCAGUGAGAAUCCUGAUGAAAACACGGAAGAUUUCCUCUUCCAGGCGAUACUCGAGAAGACGAUCCGUAUUCCUCGCUCCAUCUCGGUGAAGGCACAGUCUGUACUCAAGGGAUUCUUGAACAAGAACCCACUGGAGCGUCUCGGCUGUCAUCCGACCACUGGGUUCAGUGACAUUAUGUCGCAUGCCUUCUUCAAGAGCAUUAAUUGGGAGCAGCUGGAAGGAAAGCAAGUUUCCCCUCCCUACAAACCAAAGCUGGGCACGGAGCGCGACUUCGAGCACUUUGACCCGCAGUUCACAAACGAGCCUGUACAGCUGACUCCCGAUGAUACGAGACUCAUCUCGAAGAUCGACCAGUCCGAGUUCGAAGGGUUCGAGUACGUCAACCCCCUCUUGAUGUCUCUAGAAGACUGCGUCUAGCCAUCCGCACAGUUCCUGAUGACGUAUCGUACCGAUUGCCUCGGCGGCUUUGGCUUCUCGGCAUCGCCCGUUGAUUUCUUUUUUAAGUGAUUUGCACAAAAGGGGUUGACUCAUGCGCCAAUAGGUGGCAGCGCUGCCCGCAUUUCUUCGUACCUCAUUGGGGGAAGCUCGUUGUCACGGUUCACUGCCUCAGAGCGGAAACCAAACUUUCGAAACACUGGCCGCCGUCGCUAGAAACGUGCGUGAGGUAUCCCUCGGGUAUUCGUAAACAUGGGACGUCCUCGGGUGGUCCCGAGGACGACGAUCGAUGCCUGUUGGCGAGGUGAGACGAUGUUGGAAUCCGUGCCUGUUCCUACAUUGCAUUUUUGACACAUUUUCGGAACCGCAAAAACGCCGCCGCGUCUGUAGCCCGUAGCAUGUCCGCAUUUAGAAGUAGGCUUUAUGAAUGACUGUACUUUAUGGAUACUGCAGUUUCAUAGUAUUUCGUCGGUGCUAUAUGUCUGUGACAAAUAGUUUCUUAUUGAACUUUGGUCACAGUUCGAGGGAAUUUAGAGGACACCAGCCAGUUCGGGCAGUUCUGGUUUUCGCGUUGUGGAUGGCAUCGGACCAUGGAUGUCCGAUGCCAUGCCUUUUUCGCGUCUGCCAUGUUUGUCGUCUGUUUUUAUUUUUCUGAUAACACGCGAACGUUGCAUUCCUACCGCUGUUUUUAUUCAAAGUACAUAACCAGAGCAUUUUUUCUGAGGUUCAAAGGUUAUCCCCCAUUCCAUCUAACGUCGGACCGCCAUUCCUUACGCGACUACGAACGAGCACAAAACAUACGAUACGAGUUUGAGGAGCCUGUAUAUUUUUUUUUAGCGUGUUAGCUCUGUACAAUAUUUUGUCAGUACAUAUAGAAAGUCGUGCAAUUUUGAUCCACAAAGCCAGACCCUCUAGCGUGUGAAGAACACAUUCCAUUCUUUUUCUUCUGCAUUCCUCAUCACGAGGGUUCUUCAACGUACCCUCGGGCACCAUAAGGUGUCGUGUAUUAGAUUAAACCGCGGUAGCUUAUUUAAAAACUACUAUUGAGAACACUUCUGCACUUUAUGUCCGAUGAUGCUCUAUAAGUAUUGUUCUGAGCAUCGAAGUGCACUGUCGACAACUUGUUAGGUGCUGUAUUUUCAAAGUCUAACUGGGUUCAGGCAUUCCAGUUUACCGUUUCUCCAUUUGUUGCAUCUUGUUGAGACUUUUGUCUCUGACUGACUGGUGUGAUGAAUACACAAUGCCCGUAUGUAUUACGGCACAGCCCCGUAUGUAUUACGGGGCUGUGUGGGUUGAGAAUAAUGUGUUAAGGGAACGUUAUGAGCGAGAAUGGUUUUAACAUUUCACGUUGACUCGAGAACGGAGCUUUUUGAAUGCUAUGUGGCUUUUUCAUUUUUCUUUGCACUGCCACUAACGACAUUCCAUUUAGAGGUCUUUGCCGUGCAGAGAAGGUAAUAAUGUGUUUAUAGUUAUUAAUUAACUCUCUGCACAGUGAAUUGUCCCACAACAGAUGUAUAUUUCGCCAUUGAGGAUGCAUAUAGUGCAAGACACAAGUUUUUGAAGAGCAGCUCACUCAAAAAGUAACUAAUCGAUGUGUACAGUGUCCGUGUCCAAGUGAAAAAUACGUGUGAUACUAUUAACCGGCAAAUAAAAGAGUACCGUGAA